UUAUCUAGAUAUUACUUACUCAGUCUUCUCUAGGAUUGGAAAAUCUGAAACAACUUAGGAUAAUUCUCAGGAUAAAAUUUGCAGUGUAAACAGUUGUUAUUAUAAUUGGUAAUUAAAUAAUCUACUAAAACACAAUCUUUGUCUAUUACAAAAAACAAAUUUGAAGGAAAAAGUAACAAGUCAUAAGAAAUCAACAGCUAGCACAGAGGAAGGUAAAUUUAAAUAAAUGGCUGCAGGAACUGACACACAUUCUAAAGCUUUGAUUGGCGAAGAACAUAAGAAUUCGGAAAGCAACAAGACGAGGAAGAAAAGUCAGGAAACAACAUCAGAAGCUGGCUCUUCUGAUUCAGAAAAGAAUAGACAGAAAAGCACAGAAAGCAUGAAUAAUUGCAUAAAUGAUCAACAGGAUAUCGAUGACAUUCAAAUUAAUUCUAAAAACAACGAAGGAGAUACAAGUUUAAAAAGAAAUGCAAAAAUACAUUCUAAGCAACAGUGGCUAGAAUCAUAUUUAUAUCAAUGGAAAGCUAAGCGAACAGGACGAGAUCGUGCGGUGCCUCAUAUUAAAUCUUACACAAGAAUUUCACCAGAUUCGAAAAAUAUUCCAUGGUUUGUGCUUACCAGUGCAAAUCUGAGUAAAUCCGCUUGGGGAAAUGGACGACUACAUUAUUAUAUAAGAAACUAUGAGGCCGGCGUUAUAUUUAUACCAAAACUUAUCACUGGGACAACGACAUUUCCUAUUGGGGACGGAGAUGAUUCAGUCGUUCCGAUAUUUCCGAUUCCAUAUGAUCUUCCAUUAUGCCGAUAUGAAUCGAGUGACCGUCCUUUCGUCUGCGAAUUUCUUAGCUCUUUGGCUGAUAAUUUUUCAGUUGAUAAUGGAAAUAAAUAAUAGCAAUAAAUGAUGAUACCAAUUAGACCAUAAGGGUCAAACAUGAGAGUGACAAUAACGCAAGCGAACACGCUUAGGAAACAUUAAUUGAAACAAUG